AUGACAGACCACUCAAAUGAUCUGGUUACUGAUGCCGAAAAACCGAAUGAUAGGACUAUUCUCAGUGAACCAGCUGUGAGUUCUGAUGGUAUAGGGUCAUUCUCUACUAGUUCACCAAUCACAGAUGAUACACCGCCCUCUAGAGACAGUGAUAUGUACACCUCAAGAUAUUGUGACAAAGAAAACAUACCAAGGCCCCCGCUCUUCCCAGCCAAUCUCAAUUACACACAGCGCCCUCAACGCCCUGAGGAAGACAUUCUACAACAGUGGCGUAUGAGACGUCGGAUGGAGCAGGCUAAAGAGGGAGCCCUUCAUAGAGUACUAGGUCAAAUGUCAGAACGCCCUCUCAGGCCGACUCAGGUGGAUAAUGUCAGUGGAGGGAAAGAUAGAGAUGAAGGAGGUUCCAGGCUUGAAGACUUCCGAAGGCGUUUGCAACAGCAGAAACUUCUAACCGAAGCAAGAGUGGCAAGCAAUGUUCAACAAGGGCCUGCUAAAGAUGCCACCACAACUCACACUGGGACGGAUCCUAUCCAACAAUCCAUUGCAACACAGACAAGAAGAGGAGAGUCAUCUUGCAUACAGACUGGUAGUGGUUCCCAUUUCUAUGAUCAAGCAAGCCGUUUGGAACAAGAAAGAACAUUGAGAAGUGAUACCUUGCGGGAAGGAGAGGAGGAAUGUCCUCAGCCAUAUCCAGUAGCUAGUCCAAAUGUCCAGGCUGCUGAAUCUCGAGGGGGUCAUGACCCGAUGUCAGUUCCCAAUGUCGUCCCUCAUUUGCAUAUGUCAUGUGAUAUACUGCCCUGUGGUGAAAGGGGUCCCCAUGUGCAUACAGAUAGGGACGUCAAAGAGAGAGUGGAUAAUGUGGGACGUGGAAAAUUAGACCUAGACCAUACUGAGUCUCGGCAUAAACAUCCUUAUGGACAUGAUCAUUACAGAAGAGUUAGAAGAGAUAAUGCAUCAACAGAUUUGCAACACAAACAAGCAACAUUCCCCAAUGAGAAAGACCAAAGAAUAUUACAUUUACCUCAAAAUACCCAUCAUCAAGAGAAGCAACCCGAAAAUUGGUCUGAAACAUGGACAGAUGAAGCUGAGUGUAACCUGCAUAGUUCAGGGGGACAUGACGGAACAUCCCAUUAUGAUGUACCAAGCAAGGAUCCUCGAACCUUGUCUUCAGAUUAUAUCCAAGAGAUGGUAUCAGGAGAGUCUUCAUAUGAUCAAAGUCGGUUACUGGAUACUGGGCAGCGAUCUGCUGUUGAUGAUACCAGAACAGUUGAUCAUCAUCAAGCACUACCAAGUAGGACAAGAACUCCAACCGACUCCUGCAGAACAGUGAAGUCUGCUCAAAAUGAGGCUCAAAUAAUGGACACUAGGCAACCUUCUGCUUCUGAAGUUACAAGAACAUCUGAUCAAACAUCAGCAACUAGGACAAGAACUCUGCAGGGCUUGCAGGAGGACAUAAUACAUGAUACCUCCUUAGGAGAAAUGCAGGAGAGACAUAUUACCAAACAGCAGCAAAGACCAGAUGAUGGAGAUGAUGAAGAUGGAGCAAAACGUCGGCUACAGUUUGGCUCCUCCUCGCCUAUAAACAGUGCGAUUGGACAAGUUAUUAGUGAUAGGAUGUUCAGCUCCCCGAAAGGUCAAAGGUCGAUCCCGUCAAGUCAAAGGUCAACACCAUCGAGCAUCAGAUCAUUUGCAUUGAGCCAGGAUACGUUGAUGUUUACUCCACCAGUAGAGAGGAAAGCUUCUUCACAAGAGAGAAUAUCAAAAGAUAUACUUCCAGAGCCUCCCGAUCCUGAACCCCCCGAGUCUGCUGGUAGCUCUGACAGCGAAGAAUUCAAAGAUGAUGAAAUGCUUCAAGUCCUCCGCAAGCAGAGAGAAGAAUGCAUACGGAAGCUGAAUCAUCUAGAUAGCCUGCUUUCUCAUACAAGUAAACAUUGAUCCUUUACAAUUCAUUAUCAUAUCCUGUAUCUACCAACCAGAGGGCAUUAUAGUAAAAUAUAGUAGAUUUAUAAAGACUUACUCCUAAAAGCACUUUGUUCUACUCGCAGGUCAAGGCCAACUGUAGUAUGAUGUAACACAUUAACAAGAAAUUCUAUCUAUAUCAAGACAUGUUAAGUUUUUAAAACUUAUCAUGCACCUACAUGUAUAAUUGUAAUGCAAUUUAAAGACAAAGGAUAUGAUAACACAACUCAUGAACAACACCAUGUGAAACAUAUUGUUUAUUUGUGCAGCUUUUAUUGAGCGUGCCAUCAUAACAUUACAUAACAUGCAGCAUGUCUUUCAUUGUUUCAAAGGUAAUGAAGGUGAUUGUUGGAAACAAAUCAUGUCAUGACUGAACUUUGAUGAAGUUUUUGUGGAAAAUCCCAUGAUAAUAACAUAUAAGAGUACCCCUAUUAUCCUUACAUGAUGUAAUGACAAUAGUUGUGUGCAUUAUUCAUUAAUAUCUAUUUUUUGUGUUGACUCGUUCUCAUGUUGGUUUAUAUUCUCUGAUAUCAUCAAGUGUAAAUUAAGUUUUAUCGCUGAUGUGGACUUUACAUGACAAACUCUUGUUACUAUAUUCUUAGAUUUUCUUGUAUUCUUCAAAAUCCCCUUUAUAUCAUUCAGAGCAAAUUGCUUCACUUUAUUUGAUAGAGUUUCAUUGAUAAAAAAUAGACAUGUUAGCAUAAAUACCACUUGGAUUAUUAACACACCAUUUUGUUUCAAAUACUAUGAAAAGACACAGUAUUUUGGGCUAUUCCUGGAAUACUACUCUACUGCUAUACACAUACAUGUAUGUGAACUACUAAUACAAUCUUAGCUACGAUAUCAAAGUGACUAUGCUUUGUGCAAGUUGGUGUACAAAUUCGAUUGCUGACUUUUUAGCAUAUUAUACACGAUUUUAAAUUUUGAAGUGAGCCAAUGGAACCUGCCUUAUGUGUUUUAAAAGGUGUAUAAUUCACCAUUGGGCCAUCGAUGCCCUUGGUAAUGUGUAUUAAUGCACAUAAGAUUCAGUUUACAGUUCUUUCAACGACAAUAGUAUUGCAUUGCAAUUCCAAAGAAUCAUAACAAAACUGGAAAUUGUAUUUGUACAUCUAAUGUACAUCUAAUAUUAAAAAGAAUAAUGUUAUCCAAAAAUAGUAGACCCCUCUCUUCAGAAUCCUAUUUUAGUCCCGAGAGUCUAAGCUGACUUAUGCUGAAACUAAUUGUAAAUGUAAGUUGAAUCUAUAGUGACUGUAAGGAAAUAUAAUACAUACAUGUACGCAUAGAAAAUUCAAUAUAUUAAUAUGCAGUUCAGCUAAACAUUGUAUUAACUUUGCACAGCAAGGUAUAGUUUUGUACAGAAAAUGAUCGGUACUUGUAAUAAAUUUACAAUAUAUGUAAAUGACCAUUCACAAGAAAUGUAAGAAUAUACAAAAUUACUGAGUACAUUUUUUUCAAACACUUUAUGAUCUAUGAUUGGAUAAUAGUUUUAAUUAUAAAUCAACUAUUGCUAAAAGUACAUGUUCAUGAUAAUGGAGUAAUAAUAUAUGCAUGAAAAGUGUAAAUUUAAAGUUUAAGUGAACAACACGGAAAAUAAUGUUACAGAACAGAUAUGGUUCAUACAUGUAGAUCUAAAAUACCCAAGUCUGCAAAACAUUGAGAAUUAAAUAAAAUAGAACUAUAUUUUUGUAACGAUUACUUUACAAGUAUAUGUCUGGAGUAUCCUACACUUUUCAUUAUUUUAUAGGUAAUAAUAUUUUCCUUUUGUAAAUUGACAUGUAUACUAAAUUUGUGAUUUAUAUAAUUUCAUAGUACUAUGUUUAAAAUAAAUUAUGAAGUUGAAUCACUUUUAAAAAGAAUACUGCUGAUUUAGGGUAAAAACUUCUAAAUUUUUUUUUCAUGAUCAAUUUGCACAUGCAUAAAAUAUUAUAAUUUUCAUUAUAAAUUUUAGCCAAUAAUAUUUACUUUUUUGUUAAUUCACAUACUUCAUUUGUAAUCAA